UGCUGUUACAUGUCUGUAGUUCAUGGGACCAUAAGAAAAAGUCUGCUGAAAAGUGUUCCUCCGUUGCACAGCAACCUAAUUGUUGUAACGUAGUAACUUGGAAUUGUUUGGAAUUGAUUUCAUUUCAAAAUUCCAACGUCCUCUGUCCAGUAUAGAAGUAAAAUGGUCAAGACACGCAAGGAGGCGUCCGUUUCGCUGGUCGGAACUACCGACCCGGAAUCGUUGGUUAAACUGGUUAAGCUGCCGACGGUGGGGUGCGUUAUGAAAAGAUUUUUGUUUUUGUUAAGCUCGUUGAACUCCGUGGUGUUUGCUAUAAGUAAAACGACGUCCGAGCUUCUACAAGUAUAGCAAAAAACCACUAUUAUUUGCCAGAUGCACAAGAACGUGGCCAGGACCAUACGGAAUCUGCAUGCAGAUCUGAAAAUGGCGCAAAAAGACUCUUAUCGCGACACCGAAAGGAAGAGGAAGUGGAAGAUAAGGAUGGAUCAAUUGCUGGAUGUAUCCCUGAAAAAUGUUAUCAUUGAAGACCCGAAAGUUGCAGAAUUUUUAGAAGAUCAGAGAAAGAAGCGAAAUUAUUCUUUAUCAAGUAUUAACGAGCCACAGCUGUACAAGAGAACUAAGAACGAACAUAAGCACGCAGAAGAAGAAGAAGAAGAACAAGAAGCUACAGAUGUUGAACAUGAUUUCAAGCCACCACCACCAAAAAAGAUCAAAAAAAUGCAACAAAGAAAGAGCGAACCAUCCAAACCGGAAAUUAUAACGGAGGACGUUGCUGAAGCUUUGGAUCGAGCAAAACUUUCCGAUAGACAGGCAUUAAAGAUCAUUUUACCGGUUAUGGACGCUAUGGGCCAAGAUCCUGCCGACGUACCAAUUUCAAGAUCAACAAUUAGCCGGAAGCGGAAACAUGCGCGAAAAGCCAUCGCCCAAAAAAUUCGAAAGGAGUUUAUUCCGGCUGACCCGGGAGCGCAGCUUGGGCAGAAGCACCACUGGCGACGGAAGCAGCCAUCAACGAUCUGA